AUGGCUUUGGUUCAACGUUUUGGAAAACCAGAUCUAUUUAUAACAAUGACAUGCAAUACUGAAUGGACGGAGAUACAAGAGAACUUGUACCCAGGACAACUACCUCAAGAUAGACCCGACUUAGUUACUAGAGUUUUUAGGGCAAAGUUGCAAGAUUUAAAAGAUCAGAUUUUCAACAAAAGAAUAUUUGGCCCGGUUGCUGCCCAUGUAUUUGUAGUUGAAUUCCAUAAAAGAGGCCUGCCACACAUACACCUUCUCCUAAUACUUGAACAAGGACACAAGAUAACAUCAGCUGACCAAUAUGACAAGUUUAUUACUGCUGAACUUCCUGAUAAAGAAGACUAUCCACUCUUGUAUGAAUUGGUUGUCAAGCAUAUGAUGCAUGGUCCAUGUGGAAACUAUCGUACAACAAGUCCCUGCAUGAAGGAUGGUCAGUGCAAGAAUCACUAUCCUCGGCCGUUUAGUAGUAAAUCAGUACAAGGAAAGGAUGGAUACCCUAUUUACAGGAGAAGAAAUGAUGGAAAGACCGCAAAUGUUCGUGGUAUAAGAAUGAACAACCAAUGGGUUGUUCCGUAUAAUCCUUAUUUGCUAACUAGAUACAAUAGUCAUAUUAAUGUAGAAUGUUAUUCCGGAGUGAGAGCAAUAAAGUAUCUCUACAAGUAUAUAUACAAAGGACAUGAUAGGUGUGCUGUUUAUAUUGAGUCAGAUGAUGGGGAAAAAAUCAUUGAUGAAAUUCAAAAUUUUCAAGAUGCACGAUGGGUAUCUCCGCCAGAAGCAUUAUGGAGAAUUUAUGAAUUCAACCUCAGUGAAAUGCAACCUCCGGUCAUUAACCUUCAACUACAUCUCCCUAAUAAACAAUUAGCUUGGGACUACGCCACACGUACCAUGCUCAGCGCAUAUUUUGAGAAAUGCUCACAAGACACCGAAGCACGAGCUUACCUAUACAAAGAAUUUCCAGAGCAUUAUGUUUGGAACUCUCAAGGCAAGAUAUGGACAAAAAGGAAAACAAGAUCAGUAAUUGGUCGCGUCGCUGCUGCUAACCCCAGAGAAGGAGAAAGGUAUUACUUGAGAUUAUUGUUGAAUCAUGUCAAAGGACCCACUUCGGUCAAAUACUUACUUACUGUUAACGAAAAAAAGUGUGACACAAUCAAGGAAGCUGCAAAAGAAAGAGGUUUAUUAGAGUCAGACAACAGCAUCUCAGAAUGUUUACGUGAGGCAGUACUCUUCAAAAUGCCAUUAGCUCUCAGAAAUUUAUUUGCAACUAUUUUGGUUCAUUGUAACCCAAUGGAUGUUAGAAAGUUGUGGGAUACAUAUUACGAGGACAUGUCAGAGGAUUUUAGAAGGAUACAUGAUAACUCUCCUGCUACUCAACUACAAUGCACACUGAAAAGCAUCAAAUAUUUCUUAGAGAGCAUGGGCAAGAGAAUUCAAAAUUAUGACAUACCUGCAGCUAAUCAGGACCUGGAUAAUAAUAGUCCAUCAGAGUGCCGUGAAAUAAUUGAAGAAAGGUCUAUAAAGGUACCUGCAGAAGAUUUUGACGCACAAUCAAAGUUGAAUGCAGAACAAGAGCAAGCUUUCAAGACUAUAUUGCAAAGAGUAGACUCUGGACGAGCAGGAUUGUUCUUUGUAGAUGGACCUGGAGGAACCGGAAAAACUUUUCUUUAUCGUGCAUUACUUGCAAAUGUCAGAUCAAGAGGCAUGGUAGCACUAGCAACAACAACAAGUGGUGUAGCAGCAGCAAUUUUACCAGGGGGUCGUACUGCUCACUCUAGAUUCGACAUACCACUUCAAACAACUGAUACGACAAUCACAAAUAUGUCAAAACAGAGUGGUAGUGCAAAAUUGAUAAGAAAAGCAAAGUUGAUAAUCUGGGAUGAAGCGCCUAUGGCAAAGCGUCAAACAAUAGAAACUGUUGAUAGGAGCUUUAGAGAUAUAAUGGAUAACAAUGAACCAUUUGGAGGCAAGGUAAUGAUUUUUGGAGGUGAUUUUCGACAGGUACUACCGGUAGUUCCAAAAUCUACGAGAGCUGAAACAAUAAAUACAAGCUUAGUAAAAUCGUACUUGUGGCAUAAAAUGGAAAAGAUUAAGUUAACAAGAAAUAUGAGGGCAAGAACAGAUCCUGCAUUCAGUGAUUUUCUACUACGCAUCGGUGACGGGGAGGAACCAACCAUAAGAGAUGAUUUGGUACAACUUCCAGAAGAAAUAGUUGUCAAACAUAUUGCUAAUACUACUGCUGAAGACUGCUUAAUAAGAGAAAUAUUUCCGUCAUUAGAUAAAUAUGCAAGUUGCUACAAAUACAUGACAGAAAGAGCUAUUUUAGCAAGCAGAAAUGAAUAUGUUGAUCAACUAAAUGAGAUGUUAAUUUCCAAGUUUCCUGGCGAAAGUAAGACGUUUAUUAGUUUCGACUCUGCAGAGGAUGAUACAAACAGCUAUUACCAGGAAGAGUACCUAAAUACUUUAACACCAAAUGGCCUUCCACCACACAG